AGAGAGAGAGAGAAAGGGCUCGCGGCGCACGUCAGACAGACGAGGAGAGAGAUACGUACGUGAUACACACGCACGAUGGCUGUGCGCCGAGACGGCGAGGCCAGGCCGCGACGGCGACAGUAAGGGGGACGGACGGGGCCGAGUCACAGCCGCGGGGCGUGAAUACGUGUGCGCGGCACCGGGGUGCCCGGUUGAUCCCGGUGGAACGCGCGCGAUCGACACGAGGGAUCGGCGGAACGUCGCCGUGACGACGAGAAAAGCGAAGACGGCGACGAAGACGGUGGUGGCGGCGAGCGGCUUUUCGAAUCGAUAAUUCGAACGCGAUCGUGGGCAGCGUGGCGGACGAGAGAUUCCCCCAAACAAGAAGGACUUUGAACGAGUCUCGCGGACGAGCAAGACGCGGGGCCCACCCUCUCUCGCGCCUCUUCCUCCAUCGCCUACUCCACCUUUUCUUUACGUGGGAUACGCGACGAUAGUGAUAAGAGGAGCUCGCGACGGGAGCGGGCACACCGUCGCUACCUAUAUCCGCUGGUAACACCGGCGGUACACCCUCGGGGUCUUCCGGCUGGUGUGGAGCGGUGCGAACGGCGACGAGAUGCACGGCGACAAAGGGUUUCAGACGAUGAGAUGCAGGCCGCGUAAUCUGCAGGCACGUCGCAGGAGGUGGCCUCUGCGACUGGGCCUCUUCUUGAUCUACAUCCUCGUGCAGUAUGUCUCCUCUACGACAACUCCGUCGGCCGAGAUGGCGAAUACGACGGAGCCUUCAUCAACAUCGCCGUCUCCGUUCAAUCCGGGAGACGAAACCGGGAUGAAACAGAUGGAAACAGAGGAAACAGAGAAAACAAAGGGAUCGACCAAGAUCAAGCCGGACAUGCGAGAUCAGACUAACGGAACCAGAAAAAAAGACCAGGAACAGACUACGAACAGGAUCGAGACGUCAUCGUUGAUGCACGAUCGAAACACCACCGUCAGCACGGUCACCCCGGCCACCCAGAUAACUACGUGGUCGCCAUACUCCACGAGAAGACCGCGAAGGUUUAACUGUUCGGCGCCCGCCAUAGAGCAGUUUCCUCAGCCGUUGAUGGGCCCCGAAGCCAGAAAACACGGCGGACUCAUAAUACACAUUCUGGCCGCUAUCUACACGUUCCUGGGUCUCGCGAUCGUCUGCGACGAUUACUUCGUCUCGAGUUUGGACAGGAUCUGCGAAGAACUGAGACUGUCUCCCGACGUCGCCGGUGCCACCUUCAUGGCAGCCGGCUCUUCCGCGCCCGAAUUGGCGACGGUCAUCAUCGGUGUCUUUUUCGCUAAGGAUGACAUCGGAGUCAGCGGCGUUAUCGGCAGCGCCGUUUUCAAUAUAAUGUUCGUUAUAUCGAUCUGCGGCCUAUGUUCUGCGACGGCCUCCAAAUUGAACUGGUGGCCUCUCUGUCGAGAUUGUUUUUUCUACGCCAUCUCGAUCCUCGUGAUGCUCGGAACAAUUUCCAACGAGAUCAUAUCUUGGAUGGAAUCUCUCUUCAUGUUAAUUAUGUACGGGGUCUAUUGCGUGGCGCUCUCGUUCAAUGUUAAAUUGGAACGUUGGGCGAAAUCGUACAACAUUCCAUUCCUGCCGAAAGACGACGAACCCGCCGAAGAGAGCGCCUUGGUGAGCUACAGAUCCUUACAGGAGGAUCGAUUGUCCUACACUGGUCCCAACUCGCCAGUCACCGACCAAAUGAAGAAUCAAGAAGGUAAUGGUAUUCAAGAAACGACCGAGCAACAGCAGCAACAGCAGCAGCAACAGCAGCCGCCGGCAUCAAGGCAGCCCGAGUAUUACAAAGCGAAGGAGCCCAAUCCCAACGAAGUGUCGCCUCUCGUAAAGCCGACAGACGGCAGCAAGUGGAACUUGUUCACCUGGGGCCUCGUGUACCCUAUUCACUUCAUGUGCCGGGCGACGAUGCCGGACUGCCGGCAGGAAAAAUGGCGGAGCUGGUACCCCUUCACUUUUUGUAUAUCGAUGAUCUGGAUCAGUUUCUACAGUUACAUAAUGGUGUGGAUGAUCACGAUCAUAGGCAGUACUCUAGGCAUUCCCGAUACUGUGAUGGGGUUGACUUUUGUUGCCGCUGGUGUGAGCGUGCCGGACGCUCUUUCCUCGCUGGCGGUCAUCAAGGAGGGUCUCGGCGACAUGGCGGUUAGCAACGCCGUAGGCAGCAAUGUCUUUGACAUUCUAGUAUGCCUCGGUCUUCCGUGGUUCAUUCAGACCGCUAUGAUACAGCCGGGCUCGCACGUGAACGUCACUAGCAGAGGUUUGACAUAUUCCACCGUUUCUCUGCUAUCCACGGUGGUAUUCCUAGUAGUGGCGACGCAUCUGAACGGCUGGAAACUGGAUCGACGAUAUGGCAUGGUCUUAAUGGUUUGGUACUUAAUAUUCAUCGUGUUCGCGUCGCUCUACGAGCUCAACGUCUUCGGAGAGAUGAAUCCGCCAGUAUGUCCCAGCAGUUACUAAUGCAAUGACGCCUCGUCCGUUUCCGACCUUUGCUUUGCUCAAACGCGGAACGAUCGUCCGGAGCAAGAGUCGUCGUCCCGGCCGAUUGGCCCGCGAACGAUGACGCACGCACGGUCGUAGAUCGUCGUAAACGCUCAGCGACCUCGUUCGAACGUCCCUUUCCUCCUCUUCUUCUUCCUACUUGAUAACGAAGACAGCGAAAAACAGAAGGAACUUAGAAGAUAGCUGCAUGUUGAAAAGAAGUACGAUUUUUAGCUUGCUGUGAAAUUGUUGAAGAGACCGUUCGAGAUUUUAGAUAAGAGCAAAGGGCUUGUCAUUGAGCUUUCUUUCUUUCUAGGCUGUUGUAGAAAAUCUAGACAAUAUGUGCUCGCGCGUGAGUACACAGGCAUUGUAUCCUGAUGGUGCUAUCGAAAGUAACAAAAGAGUAUUUUGCUUGCUUCCGUUCGACUAACGAGUCCCAAUCGAUUUUUCAUAUUCGAGUGAAAAUACGAAAAGUUUAUAAAUUUUCUCAAUAACCUAAGUUUUCGGACAGACAAUACGCGACUACCAGUAAUAAGUUAUAAUUACUAUUUGCUGACGUAUCGGCGGUAAUGACAGUUGUUCGCUAGAAUCGGAAAUCGGCAUCAAAUCGAUCGUCGCAAAGUUUCAAACUUCUUCAAUCUUAACUCUUAGCCACAGACCUCGCGCAAGAUGUUGUUCGAAUCAAUAUAGAAAAGAAGAUGUGAUACGUUUUAUAUCAGCCAUAUCGCGCAAAUGCCUGAGUACCAUGGAAGGGGAAUGCGUCUUGACAAUUAAUCGUUUUAUAUCCUAACAUUAGAGUAAAAGGAUCCAGUAGAGGUUACGGCUUGUUAGAAUAGAUCUUAGGAGCGUCAUAUCUGCGGCUAAAUGUUAAGACUGUUCACGGUGCUGUACGAAUCAAAAGUCGAUAUCACUGACGGAACUGAAAUAUUCGAUAAGAGAAUGGGCAAGAGAAAUUCUCUCUGGAAUUGUCGUCGCAACGUUAAGCGCGAUCCUUAUAUUGUUCGACGUGAUUAGACGAUUUUGAAAUAUAAUACAUACUUUUAUAUUUUUUAAAAUAUAUUUUCUAUCGCGACACGGAACGCGAGAUACUGCGUGAAAUGUGAAAUAAGAGAAAAUGUCUUUGCGUGUUUUUCGAGACGCGAAAAGUGAUUAUAGUUUAAUUCUGAUUUCGUUGUGUGCUUCUACCGCCAUCCAAGUGACCGGAAAAAAAAAAAAAACGAAACUUCGCGAGAUCAAAGGAGAUCCCUCGUUAGCGUGAGUGUAAAACGUAAAUUAAUUUUUUUUCUCAAAAAAUAAAAGUAAAGAAAAUGCCUUGAAGCGCCACGCGAAGAACGAAUCGAGCAAAUUAUUUUCGAGUGAUCGAGAGCAAAUUUGUCAAUUCUUCGACGUCAAUAACGCGCGGAAAAUUCGCGAGAACGAUGGAGCAAGCGAAAUUUCAAUUCGUGACCAAAGAAGACGGAGGAAGGAAGGGGGAGGGAGCGGGAGAGGGAGAGGGAGAAUUGGUUCUCCACGAGGGCGAACGAGCGCUGAAAGUGACAAUAAUUAACGCAGCCUUAUCUGAUGAAAGUAUCUACAACCAGCACUAUUAUACUGCGCGUUCCUUGAGACCGAUUCGCGAAAGAGGUCACUUGUAAAUCGGUAGACGGGGCAACAGGAACCUCUAUCCACGGUAUAAUCGACGUAUCUCCGCUUCCGGGAUCCUUUGAUCUUUCGAGCGCGCCGAAAUUGGUAUCGAUGACGAGCCGCGGAAUUCCCGGAAUCGUAAGAGAUGGGCUGCGUCGAAAUUAUGAGAAAAAAGAUUCGAUUUACCCCGCGUACUUCAUAUUCUUAAUUUGGAAAGCGAUAAGAAAACGGUAUAUAAAUUAAGGUUUUAACAAUGUUUAAACACACGGUGGAGAUAUUAAAAGGUGAAAAUAUUGCCUAAGAGAAAUCCAGGUAAAAUUCAUUGAAAUGAUAAAAAAUGAAUAAUUUGCAUUAAUACAAUAUAAUUAAUAAAAUUUUCUAAACAAUUUUUCUCUUAUAUACUAUGUAUAUUUGAGAAUUUUGUGAGCAUUCCGUCGGUACAGCUCGUUGAGCUGUAUUUUUAAUAAUUCGGCUGUUUCCUUAAUUGGACGAGUCGAUCUGUGAGAAAUCGCAAGGAUCGCGCAGACGCUUUAGUGUGAUUAUAUAAAUUUAGCGUACAUAUAUAUAAUAUAAUGCGAAGAGGCUUAGAUCGUGAUAACUAUUGAUCGUUCAACGUGUUUGUUCACUACGUUUGUCCGUUAUUGUUAGUGCGUUAGAGCGAUUUAUGCAUAUGAAUAUUAUAUUAUUAUUAUUAUAUAUACAUAUAUAUAUUCGCGUUGCGAUGCGUUCGGUGCCGAUAGCUGGGAUGAGCCUCGAGGUCGACUUAUUCGAUCUGCGGCCGAAACGAGACCGGAAGUGCAGCUGGAUGUUGAGCGUCUUGGCGUCGGACGCAUCGACGCACAGCUUCCAGAAUUUAGGAAGCGCCGAUCGACAGUAAACAGGCGCCUUAGAUCUUUCAUUAAAAGCGGACCAGUCUCGCCGUCGAUUUCGCAGGCUCCGUACCGCGGCGUCGGUCGCAUAAUUCAAGGAGGUACAUUGUACCUGGUGAACGAGCUUCGUUCGCGUACACGGAGAAGCGAGGGGAGGAUCGUCAGGGGUGCGUGUAGGGAUUUCUUCGGUCUUCGAACUAGUCAUCUUUAGGCUUUAGGAAACACCUAGAAAAUUUACACCCUGUUUAAAAAAAGGAAAAAGCAAUAGAAAAUGAUAGAAACAGAUUUUAACAUCAUUGAAAUUUUAUCUAAUUUUAUCCGUUUCAAUCGGAUCUACAUUUAAGUUAUAGUUUUUUUUUACUUAAACAGUUAAAUAUUAAUCUGAACGUGUAUAUUUUUCUAUAGAACUUGUCGAGUUAUCUAAUCUAAUCUGAAAAUUAUGACUUUAUGCGUAGUAUAUAAUUUAUACAUAUGUAUAAGAAAUAUUAAAAUUAUUUAUUUAUAUAUAAAAACACCAAAUAUUACACUGAAAUUAAAGUAUUACACACGAUAAAUAAACUAAAAACAUGAUAAGAUAAUGUCGGUUUUGACAAAACACAGUCAAAUAGACAUUGAUUAAAAAUGAUUACUAAAUAAUAUAAAAAAAAUAUAACAAAUCUGAUAUUUAUUUAAAGCAAGCACAUGGUAGAAUUAUAUAGAUUUUUUAAGCAGGGCAGAAACGCGAUUAGAGAUUCCGACGUUCUGAGAACUUGAUGACCGCCCCUGACGAAAAUAGUCGUGCGAGGACCCCCGCGAUCUCGAGUAUCAACGAAUGGAACAUUAAGGGCUUAGGUCGGUAUUCAUAGUCGAUAUUCAAUUCUUAUUUCAAGAGCGCGUUGAAUAAUGUCUUAAGAUACGGCUCUCCGAUUGGUUAAUGUCAUCUUAAGAUGAUACUUAAGAUGGUCUUAAAUAUAAGAAUCGACUAUGAAUACCGAUCUUAGAGUUUCUUAGCGAUCUAAUUUCCGGCGACAUUUCUUUUUUUACCGCGCAGCCCGAAACCGUCGGCCGAACGUCGACGAUCGCUCGGGGAACCGUCGGUGUCGUUUAGAGUCAAUUCACCUGUGGCAAUUAUUAGUAGUAAUUAGAAGAGCGCCGGGCGACUGGGAGGAACCGGGGAGGAAGAGACGUGCGCGCGCGUCCCCUCAUCCCCCGCUUCCCGGGACGCUGUCCGAACGUCGAUCAAUUCGAGGGUGUCCUUAAUAGCGUGUAAUCGAAGUCAAUAACGUACCUUUUUAGACGUCUCUCUCAUAAUUGUAAUUCCAUGAAUCGCCCGUCCUUUAUGAUGUUCCCAUUUACCUCCAGCGGUUCCCAGAGGAUCGCACGGGGAGGCCGACGACGAUAUUAUAUAUAUAAAUAUAUCCUAUUACAUGUAUACACAUACACCGAGAACACUUGUACAAAACGCAGCAGGCAGGAUAAUGUGAGGCGACGUUACUCUGAUAACGCUAAUGAUACGUAAAAUAUCGAAGGUAGAAUGUGUGUGCCGGACGGCCGUCGGGCGUAGCGGGGAUCAGACGUAAUCGUGUUGUUGAUCUACUGGGGUAUAAUACGUAGAUUUUAUAUCACGACAUUGUGUACUUAGAUUAUAUAUAUAUUACCGAUAUAUACAUAUUACCUGAUUAAUUAAGUUUAUACAGCGGUCUCUCCUCUGCCUGCAGUAUUAUCCCAGUCUUCGUCGCGUAUUAUACGUUCGAAUACGUUCGCACCUGUUAAAUCGCGAAGGAGAGAGUCCCCCUUUUUCCUUUUGUCGUCGUACGUUGAGUUUUUCUUAAUGAGUCUCUUCUCUCUUUCCGGGAUCUCCCCCAAUGCCUCGCUUCGCACUUCGAUUCCGCUCUUCUCUUUGCAAUCAGGACGCAGUGGCGGACGCAGCCGGUUGAUGGCAGCUUCGAAAGUAUCAUAAUUAUAAUGAGAUACACUUAUAUAAACAUAUAAGACAUACUUAAAAAGAAAAGAACUGUAUACAACAUGAAGAAAGUAGAGAUGUACAACGAAUACAACGAUAUCGGCUGCCGCUGUGAUAGCCAGUCGCCUAUUCUUUACCCGUACCGCUUUCAGCCCACUCCCCCUAUUGUGCAAAGUUCCCUGAUUUUUUUUCUCCCUCUUCGCGCCAUUCAUGUGAUGUCGUACAAAGUCCAAAAAAAAAGAAGUAUCGGGAUCUCUCCGACCUACGACUCUUUCCAUCGUUAUUCAAGUUUCCAGAACUAUAUCCUAACGCGUCAAUAUAUCUAGUCAUAGCUUAUUACGACGUUAUGUAAAUAAUUGUUCUACCAAUGUCGCAUAAAUAUAUAAAUAUAGUAUAUAUAUAUAUAAGCAUUAUAUAUAUAUUUAUAGAUUUAAAUAUAUAUAUUAUAUAUAUACACACAUUUGGCAAAUAUAUAUACAUAUAUAUGUAUGUAUAUUAAGAGUAUACGUAGUGAAUGCAGAGAGAGAGAAUAGAGAAAGCCUAUAAAGUACAUAUAUAUCUAUAUAUAUAUACAUUAUACAUAAUAAAUUUAUGCGCCACCUUUCAUUGCAAGGAGAGCUACGUACCGAGUGGAAACAAUUUAAUAUUACACAUACCUUGUUUAGCUUGAAAGCGGAAAGAAGGUAGACUAGUUAUGUACUCUAAUGUACUUAAAACGUUUCAACAAUAAAGCUAUUGCUACCAA